AUGGAUUGGCCCACGACCUUUGUGGGCAGCGUGCCCGUCCCCAACAUUGUCAUUGACGAUCCCUGGCACAAACCAAACCUGGAAGAGGAGACGCUGGUCGCCAUCAAGGAGGCCCGCCGCCUGCGGAAGGAAGCCAUCGCCAUGAAGGUCCUCGUUACCCCUGAAGCCCUGUGCGGUGAGCCCAUCAACGGCGGCUCCCCCGUCUACCAACCCAUCGGCAAAAUUGUCUACGUCAAUGCCCACACCGAAGGCGCGCUCAAAAAGCAGUACAUGUUCACCUUUGUGGCCAGCGAUGAAGGCACCCGCAUCGGCGGCCCUCAUGCCACCUAUACUUGCUUUGUCUUCAAGUGCAAGUCAGACACAGACGCCACCACCCUGGCCUUUGCCACCGCUCGAACAAUGGCGACCAACGCCCAACGCCGCGACAAGGUCAUGGCCCUUCGUCAACAACCCUUUGACACCAUCUCACAUGAAGACAAGGAACUUGCCGUCCGCUUCUGGAAUGCCAGCAGCCAGCGCAUCCACCAACUCGAAAUGACACAGGACGGCAAAAUCAGUGGUCCGCUCAAGGUCCACUGCCAAGCUGACGCUACCGCCCGAGCCAUUGUCAAAGUGGUUCGUCUCACCAACUUUGUGUGCGGCGACGAACUCGUCCACCUCUUGGCCGAGAAAUUCAACCUGGGCGAGAUUGACCUCGAAUCUUAUGCCGUCUUUGACACGCGAGACACGGGUGAACAUAACAUGCUGGCUGAUGACCAGUCCCCCAUCUCCGUCGCCAUCACCCUCAUGGAUCCGGCCGAAACGACCUUUGUCUUUCGCAAGCUCUCCCCAGGCCUCGUUCGCAUGUCCAAAGCCCCCUCCAACAAGGGCCCCGACUCGCAUGUCGACGCUGCCGCCCGCUCUGGUGACAACUCGAGCACCCGCUCUGGCGAUGCCCUAAGCGAGCAUCGACAAACUGGCCCCGCCGUCCGUCGAUCCUCCCUCGCCCUCACGGGCAUCGGAGGCGAGACCUCAACCGACGACGACGUGGCUUCCCCCCUUGGUCCUUUGCUUCCUUACCACCCGGAUGACGAGGAUCUGCUCCUGGAAGUCAUGAUCACUCGACAAAGUGGCUCAGGCCUUGGCUUCAAGCUGACGCCCGCCUAUCUCUUACAAAUGUGUAUCGCUUACAGCUCUAUCCAUCGGGGCAAUGCCGCUCUCAAGGGACUCUUGAACAAAAUUGCCGAGAAAAUUACCGGCGUUGUCACGCGUCACCCGGACAGCAGCAACAUGCUGCUCUUUUGGGCAAGCAACACCUUGAAGCUCAUGGGCGCGCUGCUGCAAGACCCGGCCGUGUUCCGUGUUUUGGAGAACAGCGCCAAACAACGCCUCGAUGCAGCGGUGGACAACUGCCUCGAAGGCAUUGAUCGCUGUGCCACCCGUGGCCAAAUUCCACCAGAACUUCAAUCCGCCACAUGGACAAAUCGCAGCGAACUACGUGCCGUCAUUAUCGAUUACUACCGCCAGCUUGACCAAAACAUGUCGCCAGAUUUGCUACGCGAGGUUGUUGAUCGCAUUACUCGGGCAAUGCCAUCAACUAACAAUGAUGAGGAAGGCGCCGAGGACCAAGGAAUUUCCGUGGGUGACACUACACAAAGGCUUGGCUUUUCCGCCGCAGCUGGCAACAAUCCCCUCACCUCAACCCCCGUUCAAAACAAGGCCGGGGAUGCUCGAGCCGGCCCGCCCCAGCAGCCGCCGAGCUCCCAUGGUCAUUCCGCUGCCCAUGAAGAUGGUGCAUCGUCAACGGCAGGUUCGACGGAGAACGGCAUGCCACCGCUGCCGGAUGAGUGGGAGGAGCUCAUCGACCAAGAGACCAAGCAUCGGUUCUUUGCCAACCACAAAACGAGGCAAACAUCAUGGACUGAUCCGCGCGACAAGCUCGUAACCGUCAACCUGGUCAAGGGCAACAAGGGCUUGGGUCUUGGCAUCAGCGGCGCCAAGCGCACGCGAGAUGGCAAGUUUGUCCUGGGUAUCUUUGUCACGUCCCUGGUCCCGGGCUCGGCUGCCGACGUGGACGGCACGCUACGUGAUGGUGACGAAAUUCUCGAGGUGAACGGGCAUAGUCUGAUUGGGGUUAGCCGUGAGGGCGCCAUCGAGUUUUUGAAAAAGGUCCAGCUGGGCGAGACCAUUACUUUGCUUGUGGCACAGGAGCCCCGGGCAGAUCUGGUGGAUCAGCUGCGGCACACUGCAUUGUGA